AUGCUAGGCCACAAGCGCUCCAGCCACGUUCGCGAGUACGGCCUCGCCACAGGCCUCGGCGCCCUGUUCGGCGCGACAAACACGCUCGUCGGCCACCCAUUCGACACGGUGAAGACCAAGAUGCAGGCGCAGGCGGGCUUUAGCGGGUCUAUGCGGGCCACGAUUGCGCGCAUCUGGAGCACGGAGGGCCUGUUGGGAUUCUACCGCGGCUGCGUGCCGCCGAUGUGGGGCUCGGCCGUGUACCGAUCGGCGCAGUUUGCGGUGUACGACCUCUGCCACACCGCCGCUGCCACGCAUGCGCCGCUGCGCCGCCGCGUUGAUCCCCUCGGCGUCGGGUGCGAGAUGGAGCUGCGCGUCCCCGUCUGCGGCGCGGUCGGCGCCACCGCACGCACCGUGCUCGAGUCGCCGAUUGAGUACGCAAAGGUCCGCGGGCAGACGGGUCAGAGCUGGCGGCUCGCAGAGGUGUACCGCGGCGCGGGCCUGCAACUGGCGAGGACGGGCCCGAUGAUGACGCUCUACUUUUGCCUCUUCGACUCGUGCAAGCGGAACGGCUGCACCGCCACGCCGCUGGGCCAGUUCCUUUCCUCCGGCCUCAGCGCGCUCGUUGGAUUUUGGGUAGUGUGGCCGUUUGAGACGCUCAAAAACAUGACGCAGGCCGGGAUUGGCGGGAGCGUGCUUGACAAGGUGCGUGCGACGCCCGGCGGCGUGUUCGGCCUCUACCGCGGCAUCGUGCCUGGGUCGCUCUCAGUUUUCCUACGAAACGGAGCGGCGAUGCUCGUGAUGGCGGAGGCCAAUCGGAGAGUGACGGCGUGGGGCCUGCGAGACUAG